AUGAUUAGCUCUAAAAGCUGGUCAUUAAGACUCAUAUAUCGAUAUGAAAGUCAAUGUCUGAGCUCUAUUCGCUCCCAUACUACGAAUCUAGUAUAUCAAUCGUCGAUACGGAGAUUCCAUAAACAAAAUGCAGCUGCGUCUACUUUGCCGAGGCCAAGUCAGGCUUCCUAUCAGGCGCAAAACACUUCGAGCUUGUACUAUAUACUUAGCACCAUACUUGGGACUGUAGCCUUGUCCUAUGGCUCCGUGCCCAUGUACAAAAUGAUCUGCCAAACGACAGGGUGGGGAGGACAACCCAUUAAAGCACCAGGUCAUGGAAGCAAUACUGAUUCAAGUGAUCCCUCCGAACGACUUCGUCCCGUUACGACUGCCCCAAGGAUCCGCAUUACUUUCAACGGAUCUGUGUCGGAUGUUCUUCCAUGGAAAUUUGUACCGCAACAGCGCGAAGUGCGGGUCCUUCCAGGAGAGACAGCAUUGGCGUUCUACACAGCAACCAACCAAAGCAAGGAAGAUAUCAUUGGAGUUGCAACUUACAGCGUAACGCCAGCGCAAGUUGCACCAUACUUCAGCAAGAUCCAGUGUUUUUGCUUCGAAGAACAGAGGUUAAAUGCAGGUGAGACGGUUGACAUGCCUGUGUUUUUCUAUAUUGAUCCGGACUUCGUCAACGAUCCAAGCAUGAAGAAUAUUGAACAGGUUACACUGAGCUACACAUUUUUCAAAGCACGGUAUGAAAAGAGUGGUCAUUUAGAACCAGUAGCCUGA